CCAAACAUCCCACCACAACCACCAUUUGCCGAAAUGGACAAUUCGUUUCUACCAGUAGAACACUCUAUCUCGGACAAUAACGUUACAGAAUCUGAUGAUGAGUUAGAUCUAGAGGAGCUUCAACAACUCCUGUAUGGUGACACAUGCAGAGUAUCACAACCUAUUGAGGAAGUGGGGUCAGAUUUUGAUGCAGACACCCAAGGUAAAAGUACAAGAUCUGGAGGAGGUGAGAUUAAUCGUAACCUGGCACUAGGGACCAGUUCAAGAUUAAACCAGGCCACCAGAGGGAAGCAUGGUGCGAAGAAUGUAGAGUCUACCCAGUCUACUCCAUCUCCCAUCUAUGAAGUGAAUUAUAGAAUUGCUAUUAGAUAUCGAGCUGAUGGUGGGAUAGAGGAUUCUAAAAACUGGAUGAAACUUUGCCAAGCAAAGUUCCAGAAGUUCAAUGAGAUGAGUUACAAACAAAGGAAAGAUCGAGAAAGAGAUUAUGAACCCAAGGUUCAAGUUAUUGUCAAAAACGGAGCCGGCCAAGUCAUGGCUUCUGUGCUUUGUGGACAAUUCCAAACUUAUGAGGAAUUAGCAUUGCAGAUAGGAAACAAGGUUUUCAGUGAAAAUUCUGCCUACGUGUACCCUGAUUUUACCUUGGCCUUUUAUCAUGAGAAUGAAAUCCACCUUAUGGGCCAUGAUGAGUGCAUUGGCAACAGAGCUGACAGUAUUGGUGGCCCUCUUGUCCUCUAUGUAGUACCAACUAUGGACAUCCCAGAACAGUGGACAUGGCGCUUGAGCUGUACAUAGAAUUAUCCUUUUCAAGGGAAUAAAGAUCGAAUGAUUCCUGUGGUGAAGAACAGUGGACAUGGCGCUUGAGCUGUACAUAGAAUUAUCCUCUUCAAGGGAAUAAAGAUCGAAUGAAUUCCUGUGGUGAGCAAUUUUAGGUAGUGGAUAAUUGCAGGCAGUUACUUAUUUCUACAGAUACAUUGAUUGAUUUAGACAGAAAGUUUAAAUUUUGAACAAAAUGUUGACUAAUCAAGAGGAUACACAAAGAAUAUGAUUUAAAGUUAGAAGAAAGGAACAAUUACAAGAAAAAAUGGAAAUUAAUGAUCAUUUGAUUUAAUGACAGCUUCACUUAAAAUAGAAUAUCAUUCAAUGUAGAUCUCUUGAAAUUGCUUAUAGCCAUUUUAAAGUUUGGAAAAAAAAAUUGUAUGAGGGUCGACAUUGAAAAUUUAAAAAAAACAUCAACAAAAAUGAAAUAUUUGGUCUGAAUUUAUUACAGACUCUUACUUAAUUUAUUACAGAUUGUUAUAUUACAAAUAGUAUUUAUUUAGGAAAAUGAGGACUAUAAGAAAGUUGUUAUGUAUUAUCUAAGCCAUAAUUUUUGGUGAUAUUUUUAACCAGUGCACCAUUCCCCAGCCUUCUUUCAAAUAUUGAAGGUCUUUUUACGUGAAGUAUUUUCUGUCAUUGUGAUAAGUGUUUGUCAACAAAUACUUAACUAUUCAAUUUUAACUUUGCUAUUGUAUAAUGUACAUUUCUUAUACAUGUGACUUUCUUUCAAAUUUUUAAAAUAUUCAGAUAUAGUAUUUUUAAUAUUCAGAUAAAUUUGAUCAACAGUAUAUGGUUGAUGUGGUAUUUUUGGUAAAUUUUAAAAACAAUAACUGUUACCCAUACAAUUAUGUGAUGUUUUAAGGGUGUUCUGUAUUGUUGCACUUGUUAUGUACUGAAAUGUCUAGUUUUAACUAGACUAGACUAGACUAGUCUUAAAAGAUGGAUGGCUAAAUGAAGAAAGACUUGUGAUGUACGAUUUUUUUAUAUAGAUGCAAGAGUUAUGCUUACGCCUUGCCUGCCUUCAACAUGUGUGAAGUUGUAAUUUAACUUGGCUUUGGUAGUAAUUGCAUUAGAGUAGACAAUUUAAAUGUCAAAGAUAUCUCAUCAAUUGAGUCUGCUUUUUAGUUGAAACAUUUCAAUUGUUUGGUGUUGGUAUUGCAACUUAUUUGUAUCUGUGUUGUACAUAAUUGAUCAUGACAGUAAUUGCAGUGAAACUGGAAUUUAAUUGGUGUCGAUUUUUUUUCACCAGCUAACCUCUGUCCAGCAUAUAUUAGCAUCCUUGCAGAUUUUCACACGUGAAAUAUCACUUAAUUAGUGCCCAAUUUUGUUAAGUUUCACAUAUUAAAAUUGACACAUUUAUCUCAAUUUUCUUAGGGCAGUUUACAUAUUAGCAAUGCUUAGUGAUGUCAGCAUACAAAAUAUAGGAAGUAAAUCAUUCUGUGUCAGAUCUUUUAUUUUCAAGUGAUGUUAUAGAACAAUUGAUGGAUAGUCGAUAUUAACCAUGAUUACCAAGUGAUCAUGGAAAUUGUAGAACAGUUUCAUUAGCUUUGUUAUUGUAAUAGACUUGAUGUGAAGAUUCUUUUGUCUAUAGCUACAUUUGUCUGAUCUUACCAUUCAAUAUUUUGUCUGCUUGCAGUCAGACUUCACCACUCCCUGAAAUAUUGGUGGUAAGAUCAGACAAAUAUAUGUGGCUAUAGACAAAAGAAUCAUCACAAGGCUAUGAUCAUGGAAAUGCUUUGAAAAUAAUCCUGGAUUACCAAUUUUUGCUAAUUUUAAACACCCUGGAUCAAAACUUAUUCCUACGUCUCUCUUUAUAAAUAUACAAAUGGAAAAUAAAUCUUCAGUUCAAAUUAAACUUUGUCUUUCUUUGUGCAAAUUUUGCAGCCGUCAAGCAAGUUGCAUCCUGUGUAUCGUUUUCUUAAUAAAGGUAAACUAGCUGACCACCAAUUUGGUAUACAUGUACUAAUGUGGAAAUGUCCAUACACUAGAAAAUAGGGAAGUUUGGUGAACAAAAUUUGAUGGCAAUGGUUUACACACUGCAUGGAGAGUCAACCCCACAAAUUAUUUGUUCUUAAUGGGAAUUUGCCAGGCCAAAUCAUAUAUAUUUUUAUUACUCAACAUUAUUUGUUAUAUCAUAAUUUACACAUUUCUUUCACUACAAGGACCUUUCAAUAAAAGCGGACGUCA